AUGUUCAGUGCAGUGAGAAGUGUGGUUUCCAGUGGCAUUAAAACCAGUAUCAGAACCAUGUCUACCAUUCCAGGCGUGCAAAAAGUUGUGUUAAUCAGAGAAAAUGGUGGCCCAGAAGUGUUAAAGUACGAAGAAGAUUACCCAGUUCCUAAGAUCGGUGCCACCGAUCUUCUAAUCAAGAACAAAUACGCCGGUAUCAACUUCAUCGAAGUCUAUUUCCGUAAAGGCAUUUACCCAAGUGAAAAACCUUAUGUGUUAGGUAGAGAAGCCGUUGGUGAAGUGGUCGCUAAAGGUGACCAAGUUGAUAAGUACAACGUCGGUGAUAAAGUUGCCUACUUGUCUGCAUCGACUUUCGCUCAAUUCACUAAGUACCCACAGAAUGGGCAUUUGAUUAAGCUACCUAAAGAUAUCUCUGCUGAGAAGGAAAAAAUCAUCGCUGGUUCGUUGGUUCAAGGUUUGACCCCGUUAACUUUCAUCGACGAGGCUUAUAACGUUCAGAAGGGCGAUUUCAUCCUUGUUUAUGCUGCUGCAGGUGGUGUUGGGUUGAUCUUUGAUCAAUUGUUGAAAGCAAGAGGUGCUAGAACCAUUGCCGUUGCCUCUACCGAUGAAAAACUGCAAUUGGCUAAGGAAUAUGGUGCAGAGUUCUUAAUUAACUCUACUAAAGACGAUAUCGUCGAGAAGGUUAAAGAAUUCACAAAUGGGGAAGGUGUCGCUGCCGCUUUCGAUUCUAUCGGUAAGGAUACGUUUGAAACCACUCUUCAAGUUGUUAAGAGAAAAGGUACUAUUGUCUCCUUUGGUAAUGCUUCUGGUGCUGUUCCACCAUUUUCAAUCAACAGAUUGUCGCCCAAGAAUUUGAAGCUAGUGAGACCUCAAUUGUUCGCCUACGUGGCCGAUCCUAGUGAAUGGGAACAUUACUCUUCUGAAUUGAUCAGAUUAAUCGAUUCAGGUGAAUUGAAGAUCACUAUUUCGAAGGUUUAUCCUUUGAAAGAUUACAAAGAGGCUACUGAAGACUUGGAAUCUAGGAAGACAGUAGGUAAGUUGAUUUUGGAGAUUCCAGAAUAG